CGUCGAAGGUUUCCCAAACCCAAAACGCACUGAGCUUUGUCAAUCCCAGGCUCAACCCGACCUGCCUGUUCCAACUUUCGCAACUGCUCUCCACACAAAACACAAACAAAAAUGCUCUCCGCUCACUCUACUACCGACCACUCGGCGUCGCCCAGCGUCAACGGCGUCGCCUUUGAACACUCCACCGGCUCCCGCGAGACCUUCCGCGUCGAGUCCGAGAAUGUGGUGUACACUGAAAACCACAUCGACUCCACCUAUGUCUACCGUGACUCCAAGGUGCUUCGUUCCGCUAACGGCUUGACCGUCGUCCCCACCGAAAAGACCUACCAUUUCCGCACGAACCGCAAGGUUCCCCGCGUUGGUCUUAUGAUGGUUGGUUGGGGAGGUAACAACGGUUCCACCUUGACGGCUUCGAUUAUCGCCAACCGUAAGAACAUCACCUGGCGCACCAAGGAAGGUGUGCAGACUCCCAACUACUAUGGGUCUGUUACUCAGGCCUCGACCUUGAAGCUAGGCGUCGACGAGAAGAACCAGGACGUCCACAUUCCGUUCUCGGAGGUCUUGCCCAUGGUUCACCCCAACGAUCUCGUCCUCGGAGGUUGGGACAUCAGCUCUGCCAAUUUGGCCGAGUCCAUGGAACGUGCCCAGGUUCUCGAGUACGACCUUCAGCGUCAAGUCCGUGACGAGCUUGAGGGUCUCAAGCCCCUGCCUUCCAUCUACUACCCCGAUUACAUCGCGGCCAACCAGUCCGACCGUGCUGACAAUGUGCUCCCGGGCACCAAGCAGCAGCAUCUCGAGAAGAUUCGUCAAGAUAUUCGCGAAUUCAAGGCUGCUAACCACCUCGACAAGGUCAUUGUGCUCUGGACCGCGAACACCGAACGCUUCUCGUCCAUCAUUCCCGGUGUGAACGACACGGCGGAGGCUCUCCUGAACUCUAUCAAGCAAGGUCAUGACGAGGUUGCUCCUUCCACCGUCUUCGCCGUUGCUUGUAUUCUCGAGAAGGUCCCGUUCGUCAACGGCUCUCCCCAGAACACCUUUGUGCCUGGUUGCGUCGAGCUCGCCAUCACCCACAAGGUCUACAUCGGCGGCGACGAUUUCAAAUCCGGCCAGACCAAGUUCAAGUCCGUGAUGGUUGACUUCCUCGUGAACGCUGGUAUUAAGCCCAUCGGUAUAACCUCGUAUAAUCAUCUGGGUAACAACGACGGCAAGAACCUCUCUGCCCCCCAGCAGUUCCGUUCCAAGGAAAUAUCCAAGUCUAACGUCGUCGACGACAUGGUGGCGGCCAACCCCAUCCUCUACAAGAAGGGAGAGCACCCCGACCACAUCGUCGUCAUCAAGUACUGUCCCGCGGUCGGCGAUUCCAAGCGUGCCCUCGACGAGUACGUUUCCGAGAUCUUCAUGGGCGGUCGCAACACUAUCUCGACCUACAACGUCUGCGAGGACUCGUUGUUGGCCUCGCCCUUGAUCUUGGACUUGACCAUCAUCACCGAGCUCAUGACCCGUAUCGAGUACCGCACCGACGACAUGGAGGAGUACUCCCCCUUCCACUCGGUCCUCUCCGUCCUUUCCUACAUGUUGAAGGCGCCUAUGGUCCCCCCCGGGACCCCCGUCGUCAAUGCGUUGGCUAAACAGAGGGCGGCGAUGGAGAACAUCUUCCGUGCUUGUGUCGGCUUGCCGCCCCAGAACGAUAUGAUGCUCGAGCACAAGGCCAUCUAGAUUCCGUUGGAUUUGCGGA